AGAUGGCUGGAGACGGCAGCAUGAACAUUUCUGCAUUGUUAGAUGCUUUGCCAAAUUCUGACGAUCCACUGAAAACGUUGAUACAGAUAAAAACCGUCCUUUUUGCAGUCCACCCUUCAGCACUUCGUGACGUUGUCCCAGACGUGUCAUUUAGCUCAGUUUUUGACUGUUUAAACUCCUCCAACAGCGAAGAGGUUCAGACAUGUUGUGACAUAUUGGGAAGACUCUUGGAGGCCCUCCAGACACAGGCCUUGCUUAUUAAUUUUAAUGAAGAAUUACUGAGAGGUUUGGAGAAUCCAAAACAGCCUGUUCGGGAGGUCUGCUUAAAACAGGUUCAGAGAGCUGCUGAGGAAAACCCCUCAGAGUUGAUGACAUAUUCUGACAUCUUGCUAGUUAUUAUCAAACAGCUGGGAGAUAAAAGUAUUGGAGUCGCCAAGGCUGCUGGAAAGGUGCUGAUCAAUCUAGGUACAAAUAUGAGUUGCCUUCAAGGUCUGUCACAGGGUGUUAUGCUGGAGAAACUCCGCAGUGUGAUGGAACAAGAUGACAUAACUAGGUAUAGGGUACAUGAGGUAAGAAUAACAGAAAAAAGCUCAUUUUAG